CCACAGCUGCAAAGAGAGCACGUUCUUGUUCGAAGGAACAGGGCUUGCGAAAUCAUUGUUCUAACUACCACAAGACUUGCAGAGGAGGACAAUUCUCCAAAACGUUUGUUCUUUCUUGCGAUCGGCUCAUGCCCCGGUCCUGAUCGGGAAAGCCCCAGCAAACAAUGUCAGGGGGAAUGGUGCCAUCUUCUUCCAUCAACAAGGUCAUCACCUGUAAAGCUGCGGUCGCAUGGGGAGCUGGAGAGGAACUGGUUAUGGAGGAAGUGGAAGUGGCACCUCCUCAGCCCCAUGAGAUCAGACUCAAAGUUGUCUGUUCUUCUCUGUGUCGAAGUGACCUCUCUGCCUGGGAAACUCAGGCUAUAUUUCCUCGGAUUUUUGGACAUGAAGCAUCGGGGAUCGUGGAGAGUGUAGGUGAGGGAGUGACCGAGUUCAAAGAUGGGGACCAUGUCUUGACCGUAUUCACUGGAGAAUGCAUGAACUGCAGACAAUGCAAGUCGAACAAAAGCAACGUGUGCUCGGUUCUCGGGUUGGAGAGGAGAGGCCUUAUGCACAGUGAUCAGAAGACCCGGUUCUCCAUAAAAGGGAAACCGGUUUAUCACUACUGUGCAGUUUCGAGCUUCAGUGAGUACACGGUUGUACACUCCGGCUGUGCUGUCAAAGUCGACCCCCUCGCACCUCUAGAGAAGAUAUGCCUCCUGAGUUGCGGAGUUUCUGCAGGCCUAGGUGCAGCUUGGAAUGUGGCUGAUGUAUCGAGAGGAUCGACUGUGGUGAUCUUUGGUCUGGGAACUCUCGGUCUUUCAGUUGCACAAGGCGCUAAGCUGAGAGGAGCAGCCCGAGUGAUCGGUGUAGACAUUAAUCCCGAAAAGGCUCUCAAAGCAAAAGACUUUGGAGUCGAUGAGUUUCUGAACCCAGAGGAUUUCAAUGAACCUAUUCCUCAGGUUAUCAAGAAAAUCACCGAUGGAGGCGCCGACUACUGUUUCGAGUGCGUUGGAGACACUGGAACUGUAACGACAGCUCUACAGUCGUGCUGUGAUGGAUGGGGCUUGACUGUGACACUCGGAGUCCCCAAGGCAAAGCCGGAGAUAGCGGCACACUACGGGCUGCUGCUGACUGGCAGGACUCUGAAAGGGUCCAUGUUUGGAGGGUGGAGACCUAAGUCCGACCUGCCCUCGUUAGUCGACAAGUACUUAAACAAGGAGAUUCGAGUCGAUGAGUUCAUCACUCACAACUUGCCAUUCGAGGAUAUCAACAAAGCGUUCCAUCUCAUGAGGGAGGGGAAAUGCUUGCGCUGUGUCAUCCAUAUGCCAAAUCAACUCUGAACACGACUCGACCGAUCGCAGUUUUUCAAGGAUAUCGUGCAACUGGCAGCACACUUACACUCGAACUUUAUCGAGCUUUCGCGUACCCAAUUGGUGUUGGAACAUAUCUAUCAGAGAAUGCAAUUGUUAAAUUUACUCGAUAGAUUUUCUCAUCCUUAUCCUGGUUACGAA